AAGAUGUGCGAUGACGAUGCUGGAGGUCUAGUCGUCGACAAUGGUUCCGGCAUGUGCAAGGCGGGCUUCGCCGGUGAUGAUGCACCACGUGCCGUGUUUCCGUCGAUCGUUGGUCGCCCCCGGCAUCAGGGUGUGAUGGUCGGUAUGGGUCAAAAGGAUGCCUACGUUGGUGAUGAAGCGCAAUCCAAGCGAGGCAUCCUGACGCUAAAAUACCCUAUAGAGCACGGAAUCAUCACCAACUGGGACGACAUGGAGAAGAUCUGGCAUCACACGUUCUACAAUGAGUUGCGUGUGGCUCCGGAGGAGCAUCCGGUUUUGCUGACGGAAGCCCCCCUCAAUCCAAAAUCUAAUCGUGAAAAAAUGACACAGAUUAUGUUCGAGACGUUCGCCGUUCCGGCCGCAUAUGUGGCCAUCCAGGCGGUGCUGUCACUGUACGCCUCCGGUCGUACGACCGGAGUCGUGCUAGACUCCGGAGACGGCGUCUCGCAUACCGUUCCCAUCUAUGAAGGUUAUGCUCUGCCCCAUGCCAUCCUCCGCAUGGACUUGGCCGGUCGUGACUUGACCGACUACCUGAUGAAGAUCCUAACCGAGCGUGGCUACUCGUUCACCACCACGGCCGAGCGUGAAAUCGUGCGCGACAUCAAGGAAAAACUGUGCUACGUCGCACUGGACUUCGAGCAGGAAAUGCAAGCCUCGGCUGCGUCAUCUUCGUCGGAGAAAUCCUACGAAUUGCCGGACGGUCAGGUUAUCACCAUCGGAAACGAGCGCUUCCGCGCUCCGGAAGCUCUGUUCCAACCGUCCUUCCUGGGAAUGGAAGCCUCCGGCGUUCACGAAACCGUGUACAACUCGAUCAUGCGAUGCGACGUCGACAUCCGUAAGGAUCUGUACGCCAACAGCGUCCUGUCCGGUGGUACCACCAUGUAUCCAGGUAUUGCCGAUCGAAUGCAAAAGGAAAUCACCUCGCUGGCACCGUCCACCAUCAAGAUCAAGAUCAUCGCUCCGCCGGAACGUAAGUACUCCGUUUGGAUCGGCGGUUCCAUUCUGGCUUCGCUGUCCACCUUCCAGACGAUGUGGAUCUCCAAGCACGAGUACGACGAGGGUGGCCCGGGAAUCGUUCAUCGCAAGUGCUUCUAA